UUGUUGAUUAUCGAACCCGCCGUCCUUUGGCAAGAUGGCGCCGCUGUUGGUCUCGCUGAAAUGUGGAUUCCACUUGCAAAAACGAAAAUUAGCUAUUUUACUUCAACAUACAAGUUCGUAUCAUGUUUGGAGAGGAGGUAACACACCGAAUGGGAAGCAACAGACGACUUAUUUGCUGAGCCCCAACCUGAGGACAGCCACAUGGACAGUCAACAGGAGUGACAACAACAGACGUAUACUGGAGGCUGCAAAGCAUUUGCAGGUGACAGAGCGGACAUGUUGGCACGGUAAUGCAGGUGGAAGACUUAACGCAGACCCCAAAAAUGUGUUGAAGGAGGUGAAUUCCAGGACCAUCCUGUCUAACAUGUUGUCCUACGUGUGGCCCAAGGACCGGCCUGAUCUACGGGCUAGAGUAGCCAUCGCCCUGGGGCUGCUGGCUGGAGCCAAGAUGACCAACGUUAUGGUACCCUUCAUGUUUAAGUAUGCUGUGGACGAGCUGAAUGGACUGUCAGGACACAUGUUGAACCUGAGCGAUGCCCCCAGCACUGUUGCUACCAUGGCAACUGCUGUUCUGAUUGGCUACGGUGUGUCCCGUGCCGGUUCGGCCCUCUUCAACGAGCUGCGUAACGCCGUGUUCGGGAAGGUGGCCCAGAAUUCCAUCCGCCGCAUCGCCAAGAACGUGUUCCUGCAUCUCCACAGCCUGGACCUGGGCUUCCACCUGUCCCGCCAGACGGGGGCGCUGUCUAAGGCUAUUGACAGGGGCACCAGGGGCAUCUCCUUCGUCCUCUCUGCUAUUGUCUUCAACCUGGGACCCACCGUGUUGGAGAUGGGGCUGGUCUCUGCUAUCCUGUAUUAUAAAUGCGGGGUGGAAUUUGCAGCGGUGACUCUGGGUACUCUGGGAGCGUAUACAGCCUUCACCAUUGCUGUCACACAGUGGAGGACUCGUUUCAGGAUAGAGAUGAACAAGGCAGACAACGAGGCAGGAAAUGCUGCUAUUGACUCUUUACUCAACUAUGAGACCGUUAAG